AUGAGCCGGAGGCCAGGACGAGACCAGGAGGCAAAGACAGAGCAGACUGUACCGGAGCAGGAGCGCGGGGUCAGGAGCAGAGCCGGAGACCAGGAGCUGGAACAGACGGCAGAACCAGAACCUGGGAGGCAGCAAGAAUCCAAUGAGCAUCAAAAGGGCAAACCUGAAAAGGCCUGUGCGAGUGAGACGGACACAAACUGGGGUCAGUUACAAAAGUUCUGUCUGGACGAAUGGGACCAAACUCCUGCAACUAUUAAACCAGGCUCAGAACAGUUAAAGAGACAGCGCCAGGACUCAGCUCCAAGACUCAGCUCCAAGACUCAGCUCCAAGACUCAGCUCCAAGACUCAGCUCCAAGACUCAGCUCCAAGACUCAGCUCCAAGACUCAGCUCCAAGACUCAGCUCCAAGACUCAGCUCAAAGUUCAGCUCUUUACAUCAUCCUUCACUCCUCUGAAAUGAAGCCACAGAUGAAGACCCUAAACCUCCUCUUGUCUCUGGCCCUGUCUCUGGUUCUAUGUGUCCACACAGUUUCUGGGAUAAACUGCAGAGUGUGUUCAAACGCAGAUUGUUCUUCGCUGCAGUCGACCUCGUGUGAAACUAAUGAAAUCUGCAUCUCAGCGAACUUGGAGGUGACAUCUGGUAACAGCACCACAACGAGGAUCUACAAAGGCUGCGUCGACCCCAACCUGUGCUCAGGCACCACCACCAAACAGUUUUCAGUGAACAUUGGAACAGGGAAUGUUUUGGGACGAGCUGAAUGCUGCACCACGAACAACUGCAACGCUGCCGAUGCCGCUGCACCGACAAACCCUGGUGUUGGAAAUCUGACAUGCAACACCUGUGACCCUUCUACCAACGUCUGUGAGACACCUCUGAUGUGCAACAGUUUGCAGACCAGCUGCAUCCAGAUCACAGUGACACCGUCAGGCUCCAACUCCUCCACAUCCGCCCUCGGGUGUUCGUCCUCUGACCUGUGUAACUCAAACUUGACGACUCUCAGCCCGCUGCUCUCGAGAUUUGGGACGCUCAACACAGCGCCCACCUGCUGUGAAGCGAACAACUGCAACGUCCCCCUCACCACCGUAGCCCCCAACACCACUACAGCGGCUCCAACUACUACUACUACUACAAUGGCUCCAACUACUACUACUACUACAAUGGCUCCAACUACUACUACUACUACUACAAUGGCUCCAACUACUACUACUACUACAAUGGCUCCAACUACUACUACUACUACAAUGGCUCCAACUACUACUACUACUACAAUGGCUCCAACUACUACUACUACUACUACAAUGGCUCCAACUACUACUACUACUACAAUGGCUCCAACUACUACUACUACUACUACUACUACAGCAACUACAACUACUACACUUGCUGCCGGUGCGACUGGUGCGACUUCCACUGUGUCGUCCGCUGUUUCUCUGACGAGGAUGACUUUACUUUCUUCUGUUUUUGGCCUGAUUCUUUGUGUUCUGUUUUGAAAUGUUUUAAUAAAUAAAAAUAAUGUAUGAAGUUCAAGGCUUAUGCAAAUUGAAGGAAAGUUAUUUUUAGUGAAAUUUAUUUAUUUUUGUCAUGUGUAUAUAAAAUAUUUAAUAAAUUCAAUGAAAA